ACAGCUGAGAUACCGCUGCACAACUCUACUAUGGAGUCUGAAAUUGAUAAUACUGCUGAACUCGUACCAUCUGGAAGGAUUCAAAGUCAUCAAUUUGGCAUCAAAACUGCAGUCAGUGAGACUUCCCCACUGCAGCUCACAAGUAUGCUUUUUAAUCCAAAGGCCAGUGAUGACUUAAGUGAAAACCAGCCAAGCUCGUUACCACUAACAUAUUCUCAAGAGAAACACUUUAAUCAACUCUGUAGAACUGAAUCAACAAAAAAGUUGGCUCAACCAAGUUUGGAACACUCUGAUGGUGUAUUGGACAUGGGUAAAAGAGAACCUCAAGACACUAUCAUCGCUGAUCUUUACAGUGAAGGAGCAUAUGGAACCCAUUUGGAAACACCAGACUCCUUUAAAAAAAAUUGUGCAACAAAAUCAGAUGAUCAGGAUGAUGAAGAUUUGUAUACUGAUCUUUAUGAAGCAAAGAAAAUUUUAUUUCCAUCUAUGCUUACUCAGAAGAAUGAACUGAGCAGAGAGAUACGGUCAAACAUGGAACUGGCAGGUGAUAUACCGCUCAAGUAUAAAGUAUGGCAUGUACCAAACCCUUCUAAAAUACAGAGAAAAACGGGUGGAAUUAAUUUAGAUUCUGAAAAUGACAACCAGACGGGAUGCACUAAAAAAGAUGAUUAUAUAGAAACAGCCCAUGGAAAGACUGAAGAAGAAACACUGAUGUUUAGAAGUAGCGAACAUGGAAGACAGACCAAUGGUACACUUGGCCAGUAUGUAACCACUGAUCAAAAGUUUGUAUAUGUUUCUGCAUUGCAACAAAGUAAUGCAACAAUUUUCAUAAGGCUGGAAAGCACUGCGAAACUAAUGCAAGAAAAUGUGGCAGAAGAAGAUUAUCCGAUUACUGUAAAACAUGAUGAUUGUUAUGCAGAUCAAACACAACAGGUGGCUAACCAUGUUUGUGAAGAAGUAAAUCAAUGUGAAAGUGAAACAGCAAAUCAUAAAAGGCAAAGGGAUGAAGUAGAUUUAAAAACAGUUAAUUGCACGAAUCACCAGAAGUUGAAAAUACAAAGCAAUGCAAUUAAGUUAUUUCACGAAAAUGUAAGCCCUAAUGAAACAUAUGAUAACAAUUCUGGCAUCACAAGUAUGUAUCCUCUAAAUAUCAGCAAAGUUGUUUCUAGUCAAGAGACAAUCUCAUGCGUAGAAGAUAUAAGUGAUAAGGACACAGACAAUCUUCCUCAAGGUUCUUCUUAUGAUGGAGAAAGCCAGCCAUCUACCCAACUGAACAUACCAACAUUUGCAUCACAAAAAAAUAAGCCAUUGACUUUGCAAGACACAGAUAUUCAGCUUCAAAUUUGCUCAAACAGUGUAGUUAUUGAUAAUAUAGAAAAUCAUGGUGAGAAUAAGAGUGCCAUUAAAAUAAAAGACUGUAUGGCAAGAAACAAUGCUACAGACCUACUUGAAUUCCAAAGAAAUAGAGACCUUUCAACCAUGUGUCCUGAAAAUAUAGACAGUGAACAGUCAUCUACUAUACUGAAAGAACUAAUUAGUGGUCAAGCACAUGCGAUUAAUGGAAUAACAAUGGAAAGUUCAAGCAAAAAUUUUAAAAAAGACAGCCCUGAUGCCAGAAUGAAAACAUUGGGUGAUGAGUUUCAUAAAGAACACGAACCUUCAGAAAAACACAAGGUAUCGUAUUUUGAAUUCAUUGAUGAACAAGACAAGCAUUACAGCAGGAAUGACAAUAAUAUAAAAGAAGUAUCAAAGAAUCCCUGCCAUUCACACAGUAAAAACUCUGAGACAGACUGUCAAAAAAAAUCACCUGAAAAGGAAGCUGCAUUUAGUGUACUGCAAACCAAGACAGAUAGGGCCAACAAGGAUACUGUGACAAGUUCUAAAAUGAUAAGUAACAAAAGUCGAAAAAUAAAUAAUGUACAUACACCGAGCAACUCUUUUGACCCAGCCAUAAACUCUUCUCAGUUGACCAUCAGGCCCACAUGCACAUUGAAUAAUCCAACAACUGUUUUAACAACUUGUUUAUCUGAUUCAUCCUACCCGAUCAAAACUUCCUCACCAGGUCAAUACUACCAGUAUUUAUCUACAUUUUCGGACCCUUCCCAACAAAGCCCAGAGACUUUUCCUGAUGUGCCCAACCAGUGCACAAACAUCUCUUUAGAUUCACUUUACCAGAAUAAAACCAUGUCUCAAGACCCCCAAGAACAGGGACAAACUACCUAUCCUGAUGUACUGUUCCAGUCGAAAAGCAACUCAUCAAAUUUGCCCUUUAAGCCCACAAUCACCUCUGACGCUUCAACUAAUCAUACUGCGGCCACUAUUUCAAAUUCACCUAACCACUACACAAUCUCCCCUUUAGAUCCAUUACAUCACUGCAGAACCACAGUUCCAGAAUUAUGUUUACCGCCUCCUGAUCAGUGCACACUCAUCUCUCAUAGUUCAACCUACCAUAUGAAUAACAAGUCAUCAAAUUCCACUGCCUUAUGUACAAAGACCUCUUCAGAUUCAUCUGAUCAGUGCAAAACUACUGCCAAACCAGAUUCAUUUUACCAAGACAAAAUCAAUUCUCUAGAUACCAGUGAUCAACGGUCAUCCAUGAGUCCAGAUACAGCACCACAGUGCAGUGUCACCUUUCUAAAUCCAUCUGAUCAAAAUAAGACCUCCUCUCCUGAUUUUACCAACCAGUGGAAAAGCAAUUCAUCUGAUUUGUCCUAUCAGUUCAUAAGUGCCUCUUCAGAUCUAUUUAAUAACUACGACAUGUCUGCUCCAGAUCCAUCUAACCAGGGCACACCAUCUACUCUUGAUACAGACCUCCAAUGCACGAAUAACUCAUCUGAUCAGUCUUUCUGCUACAAAAUCCCUCCUUUCAACCCAUCACAUCAGUGCAGAAACACAGUUCAAAAAUCAUCUUUUCAGACUUGUCUAGUUUCAUCUGACCAGUUCACAACCAUCUCUCAUAAUUCAACCUACCAGGGGGCAAACAUGUCAUCUAGCACAUCCGAUUUAUCUGACAUGGGCAAAAUGAAUUCUUUAGAUACAUCAGAUCAAUGUACAACAAUGUUGCCAAAUUUUGCACUCCAUUGUAUGGUCCCUUCCCUAAAUCUAUCUGAUCAAUGUAAAACCUUCUUUCCUGAUUCAACCAACCAGGGCAAAAUCAACUCACCUGAUUUGUCCCAUCAGUUCACCAUCACCUCUUGUGAACUUUCCAAUCAGUGGCCAACCAUUUCUCUACAUUCAUCAGACAAAUGCAGAAUAACCCCUGGGACCCAACUACUAAAUAUAUUGCCACUACUACUGAUUUACCUUCAUGUGAUUUCUCUAGCCAGUGUGCAAUCAAUGAUUCGGCUUUAUCAAAACAUGCUACUGUUCCAGAUUUAUCUGUUCAAUGUGGAAUCUCUUCUUUAGAUCCUAUUGGUCAGUGCACAAUUAUCACUCCUGAUCCAAACAAUUCUCAAAGUUCAUCUUACCAGUACACAAUCAUCUCUUCAGAUCAAUCUGAUCAGUGCACAACCAUUGCUCUAAAUUCACCCGAUGAGUGCAAUACCAUCUCUUUGGGUUCAUCCAACCAUAUGUUUUCAAUUUCUGAUUCACGCUACCAGCACACAAGUUCUCAGACUCCAUCCCACCUUCUCAUAAUUAACUCUUCUGAUUCAUCUAACCCAUGUACUAAUGACACAUCUGAAUUAUCUUGCCAAACUGCACUGCCUGAUUUAAGCAACCAAUGCAUAGAGAACACUCAAAAUCUACAACUGCUGUGGAAAAUCAGCUCUGACCAAUCUUUAAAUGUCUCAACAUCCACUUGUCCUCUACUAGAUUCUUGCACAACAGUUUCUUCUGAUCCAGUUUAUGAAUGCAAAACCACUACUUCAAAUCAUGAGAACAUGGUGACCUCUCAUGAAUUGUCCUGCCUGUGCACUGCUGACUUUUCUAAUAGUAGAUACCAAUUCACAAAUAAUUCUCCAAAUCAACAUGAUCAUCAUGUUGACAACUCUGUUGACCCCUGCAACCAGUGCACAACCUGUGCUACUAAAUCAAAUCAUCAGUGUAUAUCUACCUCGAUUAAUGCUUCCUGCCAUUGCAUUACCUACCCAUGCUACCAUACAAUCUCUAAUUAUGACACGUGCAACCAAUGGACAACCACCUCACCAAAUUCACCUCAACUGAGUUUAACUUCAUCUCCAGAUCUUUGCAUAUCCACUGUCAAUCUACCUGAUAGGUCUAAAGACAAAGGUGAUCCAGACUUGCCAUGCACCACCAUCUCCCAGACUCCAAGCUAUCAGGAUACAAGCACCUCAGCUGAGUCAUCAGACCAAUGCACCAACAUCUCAGUGGAUUUUCAGCUCUCCUUUCCAUGUGAAAAUAAUAAAGAUUGCGUACCAUUGAGAGAGCCAACACAAGACAAAUAUGGAUUUAUACUUAAACAGCAUGAAUGUUCCUUUUUAGGGGAAGUGAGAAGAAUAUACUUAGACAACCAACAUGCAGGCUUUUCACUACUGGACUCUGGGAUUAUUUUAACAGAAAGAAUAUAUUAUUUAGAAAAUCUUGUCACGAUGAUGCUGAGGGAUGGAAAAGAGCUGGGAACGAUGAUUCAAAGCUCAAAACUUUUCCUUUACUACCAGUUGGAGAAGCAUUUUUAUGUCACUUAGCAGCUGAACGAAGAUUGGUACUAUACACAAGACCGUAUAACCAAAGUAACCAUGUUGAUGAAAAAGGUUCCACUUACGUCUAACUGGUUGAAGAUGUUACACAACUUUUUGUGUCUUCCAAAUAAUUUCAGGAUCCUGAUCCCAUAUGCUGUAGUCACUGAUCGCAAUGGAUCCAUCCUCUUCUUGAUGGAAGACCGAGACAUACUAAGUGUUGGGAUACCACCAUCAGGAUAUAUGUUAAACACAGAGAUGAACCUAUCUAGAGUAUUGUGUUUCAUGAGAUUUUGCAGGAUUCACAGAGUGUUACCCAGAAAGAUAAAAACCUCCAUUUUAUUCACACCACAGGGGAUUUGCUUUGACCCUAGUGGUCUUUGUAAUAACGAUAAUCUCUAUGAAUUUAAAAAGUGUUUGAAAGAGUAUCUCUUGGUUUUCCUGUUUAAUGAACAGCAGGAGGAAUAUGAUUGGACAGAAUGCGAACUAUUGCUCGAGAGAGCUCAACUACUUCUUGAGGAAGACUGGUCACCGCAAAUAUGUCUAGCAAGACUUUUAUCUACAACUACACAAGGAGCCCUUCCAUUCAGCCUUCCUUCUUCCUCGAAUGAAAACUAGGCAAUCUAAAGAUCUCAACUAGAAUUACACAUAAGCAUUAGGCCUCUUGCACACGACCGCUUAUAGUAUUUUUUUCAGUAUUUUGCGUCCGCGCAACGUUCUGCGUGUUUUUUGCAGAACGGAACAGCUGGCCCUUGAUAAAACAGUACUA